AUGGGCGGCAUAGGUGGCAACCUCUACCUCAGCAUGUUGAAUGGGACUGAAACGCAAACUUUCGGAAAGAACCCCGACAUCAGCAGUCAUCUCCACCGCGGCGGCUGCAAGGACCUAACCGAGUUUAAAAUGGGGAUUCAGGAUGCGAGGUUUUACUACCCGGACUCUGUUCCGAGCGGGCAGGACGCUCUGGCUCUGCCGUACCACUCGGACCAGGCGGUGGGAGGGUACGGAGCGCAGUCCGGCAGGUUUUACGCGCAGACCCUCGGCAGUUGCCCGUACGGUGGCGUGCGCUCGCCGCCAAGGAGCGGAGCCGGGCAGAGUUACAUCCCGACGGCGGGAGAUGGGUUUCCCACCGGGGGAAAAGACUUGUACUCUCCGUCUCCGGAGAAUUACGCGGUGAGCUUUCAGCACAGCUUCCAGCGGCCGCCUCUCUACCCGUUACCUGGGCUACAGGUGUGCGGGAAGACCCAGGCUCUGCUCAAUAACUACCCGCUGUGGGCCAAGUUCCACAAGUUCCAAACGGAGAUGAUUAUCACCAAACAGGGGAGCCUGCAGAUGAUCGUGCUUCAGUCGCUCCACAAGUACCAGCCUCGUCUUCACAUCGUGGAGGUUAAGGAGGACGGCUCCGAGGAUCCCUACCUCUCAUCCAAAGCUCAGAGCUUCAUCUUCCCGGAGACGCAGUUCAUCGCCGUCACCGCCUAUCAGAACGCAGACAUCACUCAGCUGAAAAUAGAUCAUAACCCCUUCGCUAAAGGUUUCCGCGACAAUUACGACACGCUAUACGCCCCUCCCGACUCUGAUCGCCUCACCCCCUCCCCUACAGAGAGCCAGCAGCUGCUGGCAGGAGGCUGCUACCCUCAAGGCUACCUCUCUGAGCAGUACAUGAGCCCCCUGCCCCAGAGCCGCUUCUUCAGCCGCGAGCCCAUCGCCGUGGGCCAGCAGCACAAAGACCCGUCCUCCAGCCCCGGUCCUCACAGCCGCUGGUACCUGCCGCCUCAGCAGGGCAUGGCCGCCAACCGGCUUGACUUCACUUCCUCCUACGAUGGGGACUUCUCUGGAAACGGUUUCUACAAGCCCUUCCCCUUGCAGACAUCCGCUCACCACGCGCUCAGCUACUACCCAGACCAUCCUUUUGCAUCUUCAAGCGUGUCCGUCUCAGGGGCCACCUCGGCGGGCUGGACCACCAGUCGGCCCACCCCUCAGUACCUCAGCCACCCGAGUAAGCCCGCCCCAAGUCUGAGCUGGUUUAGGCCCAUAUCGUCCUCCUCAUCCUCCUCAUCUUCUUCCACGUCACCCGGCAACCCCCGGCUGCACCCGCCAUCGCUCCUCGAGGCCCUGCAGCCGCCCCUGCUGCAGGACAAGUCCAAAGACACUGUGGUGGAGGUGGUGGUGGAGGACCCCUGGCUCGAGCCCCCCUCCGUGAAAUCAGCGGCCUCGGCCGACUCGGGCCUGUUUGAGGGCAACGUGGGGGACAGCAAGAAGAGGAGGGUGUCUCCGUACACGUCCAGCACUGAAAACUCUCCGCCUCCACGUGGUGGAGAUGUCUGCGAGAAGGACAGCAACAGCGACGCAGACUACUACGGCUAUUACACUCACUGAAACCAUAAGUCGCCACAGUCUCUCCCUGCGUCUCCCCCGCGCACUCACACCGCCCUCAUGUCUGUCCGGUCGGGUCAUGAUUAAGGGCUGGAACAGUCUCUGAUUCUGCUGCAGACGUGCGUGCAGCCUCAUCUUCUGUCACAUCACAAAAGCCCCCCCCCCCCCCCCUCAAAGUGUUGAAUGAUUACAGGAGAAACUUCCAGGGUUACUGUCAAAGUUAGUGUUGAACAGAAGUGGAUGUGACUGGGGGAAACUGCCCUAGAGUCACACAAACACCAAACAGACAAACAGACCUGUGACUUAAGCCCUUGAAACAUCUGGAGAUUUGGGGGGGGGGGGGAGAAAAAUGAUAUCUGCAUAUCUGUUUUGCUGACAGACGCCUGCAGGGAUUGUCUGUUCUUUCCGCGUCAAACACUCUCUCUGUCUCUUUUUUCUCCAUCUUUGUCUCCGUCUGUCUCUUCCUUCUCACCCUCAACCUUUCACACAUACUCAUGCAAUAUGCUCUCGGUCAUUUCCCCCCUGAUGAUUCUGAGCAGAAAUUACAUUUCACACACACACACACACCAUCACACAAACAGUCAUCUCUCCGAAUACGGCUCAAGUGCAGCGCCGACUGGUGGCUGCAGAGGAGCGCUGCACGGCCGACAGGGCCGAGUGAACCGAUGGCAGAAGGUUAAAAUGGCUUAGCAAGCACAUGAUCUGAAGCUCGGCAGGCUAAUCUAAGUCAACCCGGCUCGGAACAACCUUUUCUGUGUGUGUGUGUGUGUGUAUUUGUGUGUGUGUGUGUGUGUGUGUGUGUGUGUGUGUGUGUGUGUGUUAAGUAAAUCUGCAACCACAGCAGAAAUAGCAAGUCCUUAGUCAAUCCAACAUAUCUCACAGGUGUAAAAACAGAGCUUGUAUCUGUGAAGUUCCUAUGAAUUUUGCAACAAUUUGCAUUUCAUAGCAACAUAAUGCCCAUAUGGGUGUUUGCAAAUCUACGCUGUUUGCACUAUCAUGUGAUUAGAUCCUUGCAUAUGUCUAAAACGCAGAGACUGUUAACAUUAGAGGCGGUCCAAUCGGAUAAAACUGAAUCAUUUAGCUUCAUUAGAGCUGCAACGAUUAGUCGAUUCAUCGCUCAAACAAAAAUGAACUGAACAUUGGCCGGGUUUUGCAAAAAAGACGUCCAUGUAACCAUGUAAGGGAGUCCUGCUGGGAUCCUUCUGGUGUUAGUUACCAAACAGGUCUCAGUUGUACUUUUUAAAAGGACAGGCUCUCACACAACAAACGUUUGGUUCUUUUAUACUCUGGUUUCUCCUGGCGGCAAACCAACAUCCUCAAAGCUCCUCAAAGUAUUCCGUUUCCCAAUCACCUCUAAUCACGGCGUGAAAUGGGUGCGAGUGUCUGAUUGUCGGUUUAUGGAAAGUUAUUGAACAUCAGACACUAGUUUUUGAAGCUAUUCGACCACCUGACAGGCAGUUCCGAUGAAGGAUACCGGCAGCUUUAAAGCAUGAACGAAGCACUAACUUCAUAAACCUUUCGACUGCCUUUCUAUGGGAUGUCACAUGUUGAAAAACGAGUGAUAUUCACUGUCUGACUUUUCCAAUUCUGGGUCUGUAAACGGCUAUAAAAUGGCCCUAAAUAAAGAUAGGUCAAAGCUGCAGUACUACCCACUAGUUAGUGUGGUGGGAGAAGAACGAUGCUCUUGGAGUAGAGGUGGAGGUAGAGCAAUGUGAGCCUCUGGGCAAAAAAUGUGUUUUAAAGACAUUGAGUUACACCAAUUUGUCACAAAAAAUUUAAAAUACUCCCAUUUUAAAGUAAUACUACCUGUAAAACACCAUUUGUAUAUCCAUUACUCAUCCCGCGUUGCUUUGACAUGCCUCCACGCUGAUCAAAGACUCAAAAGACGGAGAAAAUCCUUGAUGAACCAAAUCAUAAAAUCCGUUCAAAAUUGAUGAAGGAUUUACUAAAUUUUCAGCCGCUUCUGGAUGAGCAAUCAAUACACAGAUGGUUAUUUUGUGGGUGAAGUGUUCCUGUAGCUCACCCUCUCCUAUUGCAUGAGCUUUAUGCUCAUUUAAGGAUUUCAUACAAAACAUUUCAUCACAAAACUGUUUGGUUUCAUAGAGUGGAAAAAGGCCUCAUUAUAACAAAGACCCAGGCCUCUGCUGCAGUCAGUGGAUAUGAAGACGCUGCUGUCAACACACACACACACAUACAGCCUGCGAUCAAACCCAACAUCGAUAACGACGGAACUGGAAACACAAACUAAGUGCACUCACUGUUCAUGUUUUCCAGUGCAGACGUGUUAAAAAGUGGGUCAUUCAGACCGGCUACAUGCACCUGUAGGUAAACAGACGGGGCCCUGUCACCCUCAGACCCUCGAUAAACAGGGUCUGAGGGUGCGAGAAGCACAAAGUGACCAGACAGACACUCUGAAUUUCCUCCCAAGUCUUCGGGCCAAUCAUGUCGUGACUCUGGCUGACAAGAGUCCCGGCUCCCAGCCCGGUGACAGAAAUGAAGAGUGAGGCUGCAGUCGGCGCUGAUCAGAGAUCUGCUCCUCAUUCCUAAACCUAGGUGUGCUAAUGGCCUCAGACAACACUGGAGGCGACAGACGGGCACACGUUCGGUGCAGUGCAGGGUGACUUUAGUCUUUUCUAAAGGGAGAGAGGAAAGUACAAAUACAUCUGCACUUGAAAUGCUUGAUUGAGUGUAUGAAAACGGUAGCAGCAUUCUGUACUUUUGUAGAUAUCUGAUUUUUUUAAGCUGUAUCUAAAAUAGUGACAACAACCAGAAAAGAAAACAUAAUACUUUAAGAAAUAGUUUCGCAUUUUGAGAUUGAUCCCACUCUCAUUUCUGUACGCUAAAAAUUAAGCUCGAGCCAGGAGACCGUUAGCCUAGCCUAGCAUAGCAUAGCAUAAAGAGUUAAAGCAGGGGGAAACAGCUAGCCUAGCUCGUCAAAAAACUCAGAUUAAACUAUUCCUUCACAGUAAAACAGAAAAACAGAAUGUGAUCAAAGCACAUAUCAACUUUCUGAUACCAAAUGUUUCAUAUAUUCUUCUUCAGAGAAUUUGGGGGUUUUAGGGGCCAGCGAGGAGUUCCGCUCGUACAGUUGAGACUUAAAUGUGUCGGGUAUUUUACAGGCUGAUUGCAGUAUUUUUAGACUCAAUAUAUUUAAAUUUGAUGAGACUUCGGCCGGCAAAGCGUUAACUAAUAAAGGAGUUAAAUUCCUGGCAGCGUAGAGACAACUUUAAGACCUUAUUGUUGGAAAAUGAAAUCUGCAAAAUCUGUCGACUGAAUUGAUAAAAUACAGCUUUUGUUUUUUCGGUGCCUGGUUAACAUUUAAUGGUUGAGUUGGAUGAUUGGACUUAAGUAUUUCUAUUUGUCUUUUUAAAUCCCCGUUUCCUUUUUAGAGUGUUGCAGGGAUGACGUGUUUUUAAAGGCCAACCAGGAAGUUAGCAUCACACUCUCACACCCUCCACAAAAAGCCAAUAGGAUUAUUCCUUUGUAUUUUGGAUGAUUGCACGAAAUAAUCUCUUUGGCAAACAAAUGUUUUUGAUGAUUCUUCACAAAUGAACACCACUUUUAUGAUGUUUGAAGCGUGAGUACAAUCAGCAUAAAUAAGAAGCUAAGGUUAGGCUAUGAAGGAACUCCACCACGGUCACAUGACUUCACGUUAGGCUAUGAAGGARCUCCACCACGGUCACAUGACUUC